UUCUUCUAUAGUCGUACUGCGCAUGCGCAUGGGAAGCCUAGGGUAGGCCCUGCUGUUUUUUCUAACUCUAGUUCAAUCCUACACUGCCGUCUCAACCAAAACAAGGCGCAAGAAAAUCCCCCUCCUGGACGGCAAAUAACCGAGGGUUUCCAUUGUCAUUGGAUUUGAGUUAUUUUGUUUGGACUUAAAACGCUCAAUGACAAUCUACAAGAGCCCUUCUGCAACUUUUCCAACCUAAAGAAGAUUUAAGAGCAGAUUUACAGGGGUUCAGGAGCGUUGCUGCUAUUCCAGAAAUAAUGACAUGAGAGGGGGUUAGUGCUAACAUGUGGUGCCUCCAGUCUCGCACCCGACUGAAAGCACAUACACCCCACAGGGACCCACAGCAGGUUGCUCUACCUUGACCUCAGAAUCCUCUGAUUGACCCUGCACACAAAAACAUUCAUAUUCACACGCACCUUCUUUCUGGCCCACCGAUUGUCCUCAUCCUACAUCCUGUGGCAAGCUUCUCUCUUCCUUCCUUAGAGCAAGCAGGCCUGGAGGUUAAUGUACAAAUGUCUACCUCACGCUUAAAGGUCCUCUCUCUACAACUGCGACCCUGAACACACUACAAAAAUGACCUCCAGCAUAGACCGGGAUGACAGCAGUAUCUUUGAUGGGUUGAUGGAAGAAGAUGAGAAGGACAAAGCAAAAAGAGUAUCUAGGAACAAGUCGGAGAAGAAGAGGCGAGACCAGUUCAAUGUGCUCAUCAAGGAACUGGGCACCAUGUUGCCGGGCAACACCCGCAAGAUGGACAAGUCGACCAUCCUACAGAAGAGCAUUGACUUCCUGCGCAAGCACAAAGAAAUUGCUGCGCAGUCUGAGUCAAGUGAAAUCCGUCAGGACUGGAAGCCGCCAUUCCUUAGCAAUGAGGAGUUCACACAGCUGAUGCUGGAGGCACUUGAUGGCUUCUUUCUGGCCAUCAUGACGGACGGCAACAUAAUCUACGUCUCAGAAAGUGUUACGUCUUUAUUAGAACAUCUACCUUCUGAUCUUGUGGAUCAAAAUCUGUUGAAUUUCCUUCCACGGGGUGAGCAUUCGGAGGUGUAUAAAGCCUUGUCCACACACAUGCUGGAAGGAGAGACCCUUACCCCAGACUACCUAAAAACAAAGAACCAGUUAGAGUUCUGUUGCCACAUGCUCCGGGGCACGAUCGACCCAAAAGAGCCGCCCGUUUAUGAGUAUGUCAAGUUCAUCGGAAACUUUAAGUCCCUCAACACUGUGCCUAACUCAACACGUAAUGGCUUCGAGGGAGUGAUCCAGCGAUCGCUGAGGCCGGCUUUUGAAGACAGAGUGUGUUUCAUAGCAACCGUGAGGUUAGCCAAACCUCAGUUUAUCAAGGAAAUGUGUACUGUGGAGGAGCCCAAUGAGGAAUUCACCUCCAGACACAGUUUAGAGUGGAAAUUCCUUUUCUUGGACCACAGGGCGCCUCCCAUCAUAGGUUACCUACCCUUUGAGGUUCUGGGUACUUCAGGGUACGACUACUAUCACGUGGAUGACCUGGAGACUCUGGCCAAGUGCCAUGAACACUUGAUGCAGUAUGGUAAGGGGAAGUCGUGCUAUUACCGUUUUUUGACUAAAGGUCAGCAGUGGAUCUGGCUUCAGACUCACUACUAUAUCACCUACCACCAGUGGAACUCACGGCCGGAGUUCAUCGUCUGCACACACACUGUGGUCAGUUAUGCCGAAGUGAGGGCUGAACAGCGCAGGGAGCUGGGCAUUGAGGAAUCGCCUCCUGAGAUCUCAGCAGACAAGUCUCAAGACUCAGGCUCUGAGUCCCAGUUGAACACCUCCAGCCUGAAGGAGGCCCUAGAGCGAUUCGAUCACAGCCGCACACCCUCCGCCUCAUCACGGAGCUCCCGCAAGUCCUCCUCACACACCGCCGUCUCGGACCCCACGUCCACACAGACAAAGCUGCAGACAGACCAUAGCACACCACCCCGCCAAUCAGUGUCAGCCAUUGAGAUGACAUCACAGCGGAGGUCCUCCAUUAGCAGUCAGUCGAUGAGUUCUCAGAACACAGGACAGACAAUGGCCACAUCUCUUGUGUCUCAGCCUCAGCAGCCUCAACCACUUCAGCCCACUGUGCAGCCAGUGAUUCAGUUUUCCACACAGAUGGAUGCGAUGCAGCAUCUUAAGGAGCAACUGGAACAGCGAACACGCAUGAUUGAGGCCAACAUCCAGAGACAACAAGAGGAACUGCGGCAAAUCCAGGAGGAGCUGCAGAGGGUGCAAGGGCAGGGCUUACAGAUGUUUCUGCAGCCAGGAGGUGGUGGUCUCAACCUGGGCUCAGUACAGCUGACCCAGGGAUCGUCCGUGCAGCCAGGGAGCGCUCUGUCCAUGCAGGGGGCGGUGGUGCCGGCGGGGAGCCUGCAAAGCGGCCUGCAAUCUACACAUACAGGGACACAACACACUGUCACACAGCAUCCUCAGCAGGCACCGCCACAGCAACAGAACCUUCUCAGAGAUCAGAGCUCCACCCUAAAUCAGCAGUCUCAGAGGUCGUCACACACAUUACAGUCUCCUCAGGGAGCACUGCCUGCAUCUUUGUACAAUACCAUGAUGAUCUCUCAGCCGACGCAGGCCAAUGUUGUGCAGAUCUCCACAAGCCUGGCCCAGAACAGCAGCCCCAGCGGAGCCGCGGUUGCCACCUUCUCACAAGACCGGCAGAUACGGUUCCCUGCUGCCCCACAGCUCCUCACUAAGCUAGUAACCGGCCCAAUGGCGUGUGGUGCAGUCAUGGUGCCUACCACCAUGUUCAUGGGGCAGGUGGUGACUGCAUUUGCCCCGCAGCAGGGCCAGCCUCAAACAAUCAGCAUCACCCAGCAGCCGUCUGCACAGACGCCAGAGCAGCAGGCUCAGACGCAGUCACAGACAGCUACAGGAACAGCCCAACAGCAAGGACAGGCCCAGGCUCAGCUCGCCCAGCAGCAAACACAAUUCCUACAGGCCCCUCGGCUUUUACAUGGCAACCAGUCUGCCCAGCUGAUCCUUCAGGCAGCAUUUCCUCUGCAGCAGCAAGGCACCUUUGCAACUGCAACACAACAGCAGCAGCAACUGCAACAGCAGCAGCAACAGCUGCAGCAGCAACAUCAACAACAACAGCAACAGCUGCAACAACAACAUCAACAACAGCAGCAGCAGCUGCAGCAACAACAACAGCAGCAGCUACAGCAGCAACAACAGCAGCAGCAGCAGCUACAGCAGCAACUGGCAGCUCAUCGCUCAGACAGCAUGACGGACCGGUCCAAUGCACCACCUCAGUAGCUGACAACACAUCAGAGACGCAACCAAAUCUCCAUUGAGCAGUCUUGCAAGCUAGGGGCCUUCUGAGGGGAAUGUUUCAAGCUAAAAAAAAGCAGUAUUUGUACUGUACCCACUCAGAUACCCUUCCACUGCUUAUAGGUGAAGGGCCAGACCUAAUCGGGUGUCGUUUUUCGCCCCGUGCCCUCUUCGACCUAUAGGUAGUUGGUCAACGGCUGCUUGCACUGAAUUCUGGGAGAGGUCCGACCACGAACGCCGAACUUUCUGCUGCCCGGCAAGGGAGUUUUCCGCAAACUGUCACCAUCACAUCCCCUUUGUCUCGUAUGCCCAGUGUGUGCCGUCAUCCCUCUUUCACAGGUUUAAUUUAUGCAGAUUGAGACUUCAAAGAAGUCCCGCAGGACAAACAACGCCUCUCUCUUUCUUUCUGCCUCUCUUUCUCUUCCUCUUUCCUCCUCAUUUUACUUGUCGAAGUAAUUAUGGGUCAGAAAAUAUUUUUAAGAAUGUCGUGUGGAUUCCACUUUUAUUGUACAGUUCACCUGUAAAAUAAUGUGUAAAUAUAUGGACAAAAGGAAAGAGAAACUAAUAUUUUAUAUGAUGCAUGAGAUGAAAAGCGUAGUCUGUUAUUUGUAGCUUUGAAUAUACUUUUUUUUCUAAUAUUCAAAGGAAAAAAAGCAAAACUUAAUACACAUAAUGGCUGAUCUCUUCACAGACUUCCUUUUUCCAGUGGGAUAGGGGUGAGUGUGUGUGCGUAUGUGCUUGCGCACGUGUUCGUACGUAUGUGUGUCUGCCAAGCAGGCGAUGCUGGAUCCACAGAUUGUGUCACAGUUGGUUUAAAAACGGCCUUCAUAUUUUAGUAAAACUGUUAAAGGAACAGGCAAUCUUUAGAUGUUUUGCAUCUUGUUAUGCAGUGACACCUUAGUAAUUUCAAAAAUAUAGAUAUGAAUAUUUUAGAGAGAUGUUUUACAUUUGUAAAUACUUUAAAGAGAAGGCUUCAGAUUUAGUAUUUCUUGCAGUUAGGCAAAAAUAUAGAAAUGGUGCUUCGACUGUUUAGAGCAGAAUCAUUACAGCUGGAAAUGUCCUCACGACUUUCGCUAUUAUGUACCGAUGAUAGUUACGGUACUCUGCUAAACUGGAACUGAAAGCAGGGUUAUGAUGAGGAAAAAUAUAUUCAUUUUAAACAAUACAGGUAAAUUAGCUUAAGGCUAAGCUUCCUUUAGUUUUACAUGGUUGUUUACACUGUUAUACAGUGUUUUCGGUAUGGUUCACUAAGUAGGUUUGAAUAACCAGAAAUAUAAACAACCAAACCUGUUAAUCAUUUAGAGAUUAUCACAUAUUUGCACAGCUUUAAUGCAGGCGUACUUUCACUUGCCUUUCUCCGGUUUCCGCUCAUCGUCAAACGAUGAUGUUUCAGUGAUGACGACUUGACUUUGCGAACUUCUUCCACUCUCAUAGACACUCUUGAAAGGCAGGAAUGUAUAGGUUCACUAGUACCUCUGUAACGCUGACAAAGUCACUAGCAACGUCUAUCUCAUAGCCCAAAGCACAGAACACAAGCCUAGUGUUGACAAUCUGAUUCUGUUUAUUGGCCCCUGUAGUAUUACAGUUAAAAUAUGCCAGAUUAUAGUAGAUUAAUUUGAUAUUUAAACUGAUUAACUGUGUCUUCAGGAUUUUGAGAUUUAUAUUUAUGCUUGUUUGACAAGACACACACUGUAAAAAGUAAUACGCUCUGUCGACUCAAUAAAAUUGAGGCAACAGAUUACAAGCAAUACUAUUAAUUAAAUUCAACAUAUUAGAAUUGAGUUAGAAUUAAUCUGUUGAAUUCCUUAAAAGUCAACCAUUUAAAAUGAGUAAAAUUAGCACCAUUACAAAAACCUCAAACUGACAUAAAAAGCAAAUAGUCAAACUGCCCAACUAAACGAAACACUGAUAACCAUAAUGGCGACCAAACAUUUUCAAUAACAUCAACAUCAACAUCUAAACCUCUGUUAAUUCUUGUGUUUCUCUUUCCAUCAGUGAUUCUGCUUGUUAUCAUCAGGUGUCUUCUACGGUGGCCCAGUAGUGCACAA